AGCGCUGGACGCUCCCGCCCACGCGGCUCAGUGACUGCGCAGCAGAAGUGCCUGUCAUUUGGAGGAACACCAGGCAAAAGAGGGGUGCUGAGACACACGACAGUCGCGAUAAGCGUCAACUUUUUUUAGGUUUCCAGACUCGGAUGAACUCCUUCUGACACAUUUUAAAGACUAGUCAGCGUCAACCAAACAUCUGCAUGACUAAAGGAGCAAAACAUCGUUCAGGGAAACUACAUUGCUACAAACUCAGCGCACUAACCGACAAACCGAAGCUGCGCGCUACACCAACAUUGUAACUGUUAAAGAAGUUUAAUUAAUGACUUAAGUUAAUGAAUGCCUGAGUUUUAUUUUGCAGCGCAACUACCACAUAGUUAGGUUCAGUCAUGUCAGCAUCACCUGUGCACUCAGGUCGGGUCAGGCGCAGCAAUGACGGGUCCCCCAUCAACGCCUCCUCUUCCUCAUCCUCCUCCUCUUUAGCAGCAUCAUCCUCAUCCUCCGCCGGCAACACGAGCCGGUUGCAGCCCAUUCGCGCCACGGUGCCCUACCAGCUCCUGCGUGGAAAUCAGCAGCACAGCCCAACCCGCCCUCCCGCGUCCUCCUCCUCCUCCUCCUCCUCCAUCUCAGUCGGAAGCAACACCGAACCGACAGCAUCAGCCCAGCACCGCAGCUCCAGUCCCGGCAGCCCGGUAGGAAGCGGCUCGCUGGACGCUUGGCUGAUCCCGCGGCAGAGGCGCUCUCCUCCGGAGCACAGGAGCUCACCGGAGCGCUGCCCUCGUUCACCUGUCCUUAGAGUUGAGAGGUCAAAGUCGCAACAGGUGCGGAGCACAGGUGCUAUCAGACGGACUUCCUCUCUGGGUGCUAUCACCGGGCCCUACCUGAUAGGGCAGUGGCCACGUGAAUCCCACCUGCACAGCCCCUCGUGCAUGAAAGACAAGUCCACACAGACUCCUGGAUGUUGGAGUGACGAGAGCGAAGAGAAAGGGAACACACACCAGCGCUCGGCGUCCUGGGGCAGCUCUGACCAUCUUAAAGAGAUUGCUAAACUCAGGCUCCAGCUGCAGCGCAGUAAGCAGAGCGGAGACCGGCAGUGUAAGGACAGUAAAGAGCGUCUUUCCCCCCUCCACUGCUGUAGCAGCAGCACCUCCAUUACAGCCACUACCAUCAGCACAGCCAGCCAAGCUCCGUCGUCCAUGUCGAAGUCAGCACAGAUGCCACUGUCCAACAUCACAGUGCCAAAGCCCUCCAUCUCCAGGGUUCCCAGCAGCAUGGAGGGCAUCAACCAUGAGCUGGAGAAAGUCUUCAUCAAAGACAACGGCGAGAAAGAGGAGCUCAAGGCCCUGGAGGUUCCUGAUGGGCGACGGGCUCCGUUUCCUCCUCAGCAGCGCAGCAGCAGCAGUCGCGGUAUAGACACUCAGACGCCAUCAGUGCCUGGGCGCUCCAGUAGCUGCUCGAGCCUGUCGCCCUGCCCCUCGCCCGCAUGCCCACCCCGCUCACAUGACGGCAGCCCUUACUCCACCGAUGAGAUGCUGGAUGACAGAGACAAAGACAGCGGCAGCAGUUCUCCUCUGCCUAAAUUUGCCUCGUCCCCAAAACCCAACAACAGCUACAUGUUCAAACGGGAGCCUCCAGAGGGCUGUGAGAAGAUCAAAGUUUUUGAGGAAAUGACGUCCAGACAGUCAGCCACCGUCCCCCUUUUCUCCUGCCCUGACAAAAACAAGGUCAACUUUAUCCCCACCGGCUCUGCGUUCUGCCCCGUCAAGCUCCCAGGAUCCCAGCUCCAGCACUCCGGCUCCCAGCAGGAGGACGAGGAGAAAGAGGAGAGCCAGGCUGGCCCCAGCGGCUCACACCACCACCACAUGCCCACUCAGGUCUCCACCAGCACGAGCACAGACGACCCUCCUGAAUCUCCCUCCCAACAGCAGCCUCAGAACUUUGAAGUCAGCUAAACGCGGCAGAGCUGGUCUCGGUCGCGCCGCUCCGCACCCAUGUAGAGGACCGUUCGUUCCCCGCCCAAAAAUUCCUCUUCUCUCUCUGAUGGACCCCACCUUUGUGCUGAAUCUUUACUAUCUGCAUGGCAUAGCAACUGCGGCCCGAACGAGAAUCGCAAAUGCAAAGGCAGCCGAAGGGUUGGAAUACGGCGUCUGGACGGGAACGGCGUCUGAAGGAUGCAUUUUUAGGAAAAGGACCUUAGAAUAUGCAAAUCCAAAAUUCAAAUGGCUUCACUGUUAUCUCGAUAAAUGAGUGAGAGUCUCAUACAGAAAUCUUAUUUAUUAAAUUUGCCUAUUGAUAAGUUCAGUAACAUUCCAGAUAUUCCCGUUUUGCCUUUUUUUUUUUUUUUUUUGCUUUUUUUUUUUGUGUGUGUCAUAUAUGGGACUUUUCCAUCUAGUUUGAUUCCGCGUUGAUCCCGAGCAAACGCAGCUUUGCUUUCGUCGUGUGCUUAAAAUUUAAGCAAAGUGGCUUUUGUAUGAGCACUAUAAUCAGCGCAAAGCCACCAAUUUAUGAGGAGAAAGACGACUGACGCUUUCAGGAAGGUCUUACUAGUGUCAGGGCAUGCAUUUGAAACUGAUCGUAUGUUUAACAUUAAAUUAUGUGUCGUGUUCUCUUUCAACAUCCACAGUAUGAAUAAGCUCUCUCUCUCUCUAUCAAUAUAUCUAUAUAUGAGAAGUCUAUAUAUAAAGAAAAAGCUUGGUUGAAUUUAAAA